AAUAGGAAACAAACUACAACAUAACUCUGAUCCCUGUAGAUGCCAGAAUCUUUGGGGUAAAGACUAAAUACAUAUAUUCUGCAGUUAAGCAUCAUUUAACGUGUGUCCAUUGAGCUGCAGUAAAAAACAACAAUACAUUAUAGAGCACACUGACAUUAGUAACUCCACCUUCCACUACAGGAAGGCAGCAUAUCUGUAGCUUACCUAAUUUAAAAUGUAUUUAUAAUCUAUGACCAGGACAUUCUAAGAUUAUAUGAUAAAAGAGCCUGUUGCACAAUAAUAAAAUUCUAAUAAUACUAAUAAUUUUAUUUAGAUGGUACCUUCCAAAAACAAAGUACAAAUAACGAAACAAAAAAAACAAACUUCAGUUUUUUAAGAUAACAUUACUUAAGGUAGAACAAAGCACAAUCAUGCUUUUUUCAUAACUUUAAUAUUCCUAGUUUUUUAAAUGAAUAGUUGUAGAAAAAUAUUUUAUGGUAAAAUUUGUUUAUUUGGUUAAUGAUCCUCCACAAAACCAAAGAUGUAGACUUCUUGAAAAGCCACAGCGUCUGCCUUAUCACACGUAGCUCUAGAAAUAAAGACUGUCACCAAAUCUGAACUGGAUGUUCACAGAGAGGUUUUGCAUUCAAGCCUUUAAAAAGCAGUGACAUCUUAAUAUCAGUUUUAAAACUCACAGGUUACCAGUGGAGGGCAGCAAGGAUUGGUUCUCUGAGAAGGUGUUAGAGGUCCAGCAGCAACAUUUUGUACAAGUUGCAGUCUUUGGAUGGUCGGGUGGAUUUGGAGAACCUUGCUGUACCAGCACACACUCCCAGGGAGGAAACUCCUCACUACAAUAGAUCAAGGAGACACAAACUAGCUGAAUGAAACGUGUUCUCCGGACUAACAAAAACAGUUGACGUUCACAGGCAAGUCUCUUCCUUUCUAUGGCGCCAUUUGUUUUUUAGAUCUCACCAAACCUUCAACCUACGGUAAUACAGUAUUUAAGUAAUUUAUAUAAAAGUACAGAGGUAUUGUCAGUGAAAAUGAAAAGUACUCAUUCUACAGAAAAUUGUCCUCUGUGACUGAUGCAUUAUUGUUAAUACUGAUGCAUCAAUGUUAGAGCAGCAUUUUAGUUGUAGGUAGAGGUGGAGCUAGUUUUAACUACUUUAUAUACACUUAGCUAGUUUAGUCCAGUGGUUACCAACCUAUGGGUUGGGCCCCUACACAUUGUCACAAGAUAAGUGGGAGAGGUUGUGUAAUGAUGAAUGGGGAGUAAUCUGUUACACAUUUAUAUCCAUUUUUGGCCUUUGCUUUUUUUCUGAAAGACCCUCAUUCAGUUUUUUAAGUGAAAACCAUGUGAGAGGUUUAGAGGGAGGAUAUGUCUUUCGUGGAACUGUGUACAGCUCAUAGACAUCCGAAACAUGACAAGGGGCCACAACUAGACAACGUUUGUAAAGGCUCACAAGCCAAAAGAGCUGGGAACCUCUUCAUUGUAAUCUUUAACAAUGUAUCUUAUAAGCUAAGCUUUAUAAGUGUGUGUGUGUGUGUGUGUGUGUGUGUGUGUGUGUGUGUGUGUGUGUGUGUGUGUGUGUUUGAACAUGUAACUUGUAACUAUAACUGUCAAAUAAAAGCAUUGCAGUAAAAUGUACAAUAUAUCCCUGUAUGAAAUGGAGUUAAGUAUAAAGUAAGUUAAAGUAGAAUUUCUCAAGUACCUCAACAUUGUCACACUCAGUAUAAUGUCAAUUUUCCCUGCACAGUCACUCACCACCACUCACAGCUGAUCAGAGUUAGUGAAUUUUCAUUCAGUGUUCAGCUACCAUCUAUAAACCUAAACAUACCCCCAGCAUGUUUUGUUAAGAAGACAAACUUAAAACAACUGAGUGGUGAGUACUGUGCCAGCAGGUGGAAUUAGACAACAGGUUAACAUGGGUUGGAUUUGCAUUAACAGCCGAUUCAAACAGGAGCAGAUCAAAAAACAGGGGCGUAUGAUCAAAUACACUGCUCUCAUUCAUAUAAAAGGCAGAAAUGCUAAAUAAUCUUUGGUGAUUGACUGUUGAGUUUUACAUUGCACAUAAAUCCAUUAGUCCCACAUUAACCCUUAAAAAGUGCAAACUGCAAUCCUAGGGUGCUCAUGUCUCUUAGAUACUCAUUCAUCUGUGGCCCUGAUGUGGGCCUGUUAAGGCUUUGGGUAUGUACCAGGCUUAUCAGCUGCUGCUGCUGUGUGUAUAUUCUGUCAACGCGUUUUCAUGUAUUGUAAAGACAAGGGGUGGGCGCCUGAAGCUCGAGCAGUGCGCAGCAGUUUGAAGUGUUUCCGUGCCUCUGCAGUGAGCGACCACCACCAUUCAUACACCUGUUUUGUUGGGGUAUGCUGAGUGACACACGGAGCCCGCCCCCUGCGCUUGUCCUUUCAUUAUAAUUGGCUCGACACUGGCGUGUAUGGAAAUUUCCCCGCGCGACCCUUGGCUCGCACUUGACCGUCGCCAGUCCGCGGCAGAAUGCGCGAGGCCACAGGCGGACAGAGGCUCAGCCGGCAGCACGGACGACAGCUGCUUCCGUGAAGCGGCGGCCGUAGACCCACGUCACUCACCAGCACCUCCCGGGCAGAGGGCGACAACAUGCCGCGGUCUUUCCUGGUAAAGAAACAUCCCUGCACCAAGAAACCCAACUAUGGAAGACUGAACUCCCAGCCUGAGGAGGCCCCCUGUUGCACCCAUGAAGACUCUCUUCUAUACAGUGAGAUCCUCCCUCACCAUCAUUGUCCAGCCCAGAGCCCAUGGCUAGAGCAGAAAGGCCAGUCUCCCUCCUCCUCCUCCUGUCCUCUUUCUCACAGAGAAGACCGACUGCAUCUUCCAUCUUCUCCAAACACCUCACCUCUCUCCUUUUCAGGCCACUCUUCAGAGGCGUACAGUAGCAUCCCUGUAGAGGCCUACAAACCAGCUGAAUCCUGUACCAAAGUGAACCUGGAAAUCCAGCGUGCCGCAGGAGACCACAGGAGGAGAGAGAGCCUCCUCCCUUCUUCCCUCCCUCUCCUGGCUCUCUUUCCAGCCAUGACUCCUGGCAGCAGCAGCCAGGAGAGCUUGGAGUGUUUGGACUGUCGUAAGGACCUCUUGAGCUUCUCGGGCCUGGCCAAACGCAAGCAGCUCCAGUGUGAGUGGAGCAGUAAGAAGGACUUCAGCUGUAAGUACUGUGAGAAGGAGUACGUCAGCCUGGGAGCGCUCAAGAUGCACAUCAGGACACACACACUGCCCUGUGUGUGCAAACUCUGCGGCAAGGCAUUCUCCAGACCCUGGCUGCUCCAGGGACAUAUAAGAACACACACAGGAGAGAAACCGUUCUCGUGCCUCCACUGCAGUCGAGCUUUUGCAGACCGAUCCAACUUGCGAGCUCACGUCCAAACCCACUCUGAGGUGAAAAAGUACCAGUGUGCAAGCUGCUUCAAGACCUUCUCCAGGAUCUCGCUGUUGGCCAAGCACCAAGAAGCAGGCUGCCCGCUGUCCUGACUGCCUGCGGACGUCAACCUGCUCCAGAAUACCCUUUUGUAGAGUCUGAACAACAGUGUUUUUGGGACAGUGUCAAAAGACCCGCUAGGAUCUUUGCAUAACUGUGUGUGGCUCAUGAAACCACAUGCCUGAGCUGAGUAAAAAAGCUGCGUUAUGUGAUGACACUUUGAUGACAGCGUUGUUUUUUUUUU